AUGGUCAUGCCUCCAACAGCAGCGACAACGAACCCCGAGACGACCGCACGUGAUUCUGUCGACCCUGUGAAGCGCAUCAAUCGAGCGAUCGAGGCUCUGGACUGGGAUGCCGCGCAGGCCGCUCUAAACGUCAUCGACAACGACGGCUUUUGGGUCUGCUCUGCGACCGAGGCCGACUGGGAUCGCUACGUCGAGUCGGAAGAGCAAGAGAUGAAAUCUCGCCACUUUGAGUUUCGAGACGGCUCAAUAUACCUCAUCGAGAUGAGCGGUGGACUUCACGGCAGCAUUGCUGCUGGCAUCGACGACGCGAUCAAGGAGGCCACGAGGCCAGAGGUCACGGGGACAUACGAUCGAGUCCUCUGGGGGCACCGCGACGCGUACGUCGACACGACUCACGAACCAGCGGCAUACAAGCUACCGAAGCUCGCACCCGACUGUAGCUACGGUCCAGCACUCGACAUUGGCGCCAUCUUUCCCGACUGGCCCCUCGACCUCCGCUGGAACGAGUUCCAUACGCUCAAGGUCGAGUAUGAACGCUAA